AUGGAAACUAACGACAUCAUUUUACGGAGGGUUCCUGCUCAUGCCCGAUCUGGCUUGGUCCUCGUCGGUGGUCUCUUCGCUAUGCUAAGCUUUGGAGUAGUUUACACAUUCGGUAACCUUUUACCAUACAUGGUAUCAUAUUUUCGAUGGCGAAUCGAUCCAACAAUGCGAUUUGGACAGCUGAUCUGGUUACAGACGUUGAUGAGUGGUGUACCAUUCGCAAUGCUGAUGGGUGGUGUAUUGGAACGUCGACUUGGUGGACGACGUGCUGCCAUAGUCGGAUCGAUUCUCUAUACGACAAGUAUAGCGCUGACAUACUACUCCAUACAACACUCGUUCGGCGCCGUCUUAGUGUCGAUGGGAUUUUUUGCAAGUUUUGGUUCAAGCAUAGCUUAUAACUCUAUUUUGACCACAGCUCAACGUUGGUUUCCAGAAAAUGUCGGACUAGCCGGUGGAAUGAUCGUUGGUGGAUAUGGUUGUGGAGCUUUUAUUCUGUCACCUCUUCAAACGGGUUUCAUUAAUCCACUUGACUAUCGAGUGAAUGAAGAUGGCUUCUUUACUCAAGAAGAUCUACUUGAAAGGGGAGAGAAUGAGGCAAUGGUCGACUUUACGACAUUCCAUCUAGCGCAGUAUAAAUAUGGUCAAUGGCUUCAAUCCACUGAAAAGCUUGCUUGA